UCUUGUCAUAACAACAUAGCAACAGGUCACCCAUGUGCUACUCAAAACCGUAGGACUGCAGUGAGGGCUUUGCUAGUCCUAGAACAGAGGUGUCACCUGGCCCCACAUCCAGCCUUGAGAAAAUGUCUACAGCAGAUCUGAUGGGGAACCUCACGGAUGAACUCACCUGUUUCAUCUGCUUGGACUAUUUCCGCAGCCCAGUGACCACCGCGUGUGGGCACAGCUUUUGUCUGGUGCGUCUCCUCAGGAGCUGGGAGGAACAUAACACCCCUGUAUCUUGUCCUGAGUGCUGGAGGACCUUGCAGGACCCGCAUUUCCAGCCGAACGAGCGUCUGGGGAGGCUGGCCAGCAUCGCCAGGCAGCUCCGGUCCCAGGUGCGGCAGAGCGAGGAUGAGCAGGGCAGCUACGGGAGGAUGCUCGCCGCUGCCAAGGCACUCUCCGAUGACGAGCAGGGUGGAAGCGCCUUCGUAGCCCAGAGCCAUGGUGUAAACAGACGGCAUCUCUCCAGCGAGACUGAGGAGCUUCACAGAGAGAAACUUCAGGAAAUCCUGAAUCUUUUGCGCGUAAGGAGAAAGGAAGCUCAGGCUGUACUAACCCAUGAGAAGGAGAGAGUGAAACUGUGCCAGGUCGAAACAAAGACCUGUAAACAGGUUGUUGUGUCAGAAUACAUGAAAAUGCACCAGUUCCUGAAGGAAGAGGAGCAGCUGCAACUCCAGCUACUAGAGCAGGAAGAGAGAGAAAACACGAGGAAGCCGAGGAACAAUGAGAUCAAACUGACCCAGCAAAUCAGAAGCCUGAGCAAAAUGAUCGGACAGAUCAAGUCCUCAAGUCAAAGCUCGGCUUUCGAAUCUCUUGAGGAAGUGAGAGGAGCACUGGAAAGGAGCGAGCCACUCUUGCUUCAGUGUCCAGAGGCCACCACCACAGAGCUGAGUCUGUGCCGCAUCACGGGAAUGAAGGAAAUGCUAAGAAAAUUCAGCAUGGAGAUAACACCGGACCCAGCCACAGCUAAUGCCUAUCUCGUGUUGUUGGAGGAUCUGAAGAGUGUGAAAUACCAGGGAAGCGGCCAGCAGCUACCCGACAACCCGGAAAGAUCUGACCAGGCUGCGACUGUGCUGGGUGCUCAGAUCUUCACCAGUGGGAGACACUACUGGGAGGUGGAGGUGGGAAGCAAGACCGAGUGGGAAGUGGGCAUCUGCAAGGACUCUGUGAGCAGAAAGGGGAAUCUCCCCAAGCCACCUGGGAACCUGUUCUCACUAAUAGGUUUAAAAAUCGGAGAUGAUUACAGCCUCUGGGUCUCGUCACCUUUGAAAGGUCAGCACGUCAGAGAGCCUGUAUGUAAGGUUGGUGUCUUCCUGGACUAUGAAUCUGGGCAUAUAGCAUUCUACAACGGGACGGAUGAAUCCCUCAUCUACAGCUUCCCCCGGCUUCUUUCCAAGAGGCCCUCAGGCCUAUCUUUUCCCCCUGCCUCCCAAAUGAGGGGACAAACACAGACCCUCUCACCAUCUGCUCACUGAACAGCCACGUCUGAGGGGCAUGCCCGAGCCUUCACAGUGGGCGAUGUCUGAGACCAAGACAUAACUAUUAGGACGAUGAAGGCAUCGACAGUAUUAAUGUCAGGUGAUCUGAAAUAAACUCCUGUACU